UGUUUCUGAAAGUCGUCGCUACGUGGUGCUAGUGGUGAACUCCGUGCAGCGGAAGUUGUAACCCUUUUUCGGUCUUUUCCUGUUAGAGGCCACCAUGGCGGAGCAGAACCAGAAAGCUUUUCAAAAGCAACAUCAUGUAUUUGGUUACAAGAAACUGGCUCUAGUAUCUGGCAAAGGUAAAAACCUUCGCUAUGUGAAGAAAGUUGGCUUGGGCUUCAGAACCCCAAAAGAGGCUAUUGAAGGUACCUACAUUGAUAAAAAAUGUCCAUUUACUGGCAACGUGAAUAUCAGAGGUCGAAUAUUGAUGGGUGUCGUACAAAAAAUGAAAAUGCAAAGGACAAUUGUAAUUAGAAGAGAUUACAUUCAUUAUGUAACAAAAUAUAAGAGAUUUGAGAGAAGACAUAAGAAUAUGUCAGUCCAUCUUAGUCCAUGUUUCAGAGAUGUUAAAAUUGGUGAUACAGUGACUGUUGGAGAAUGUCGACCUCUUAGUAAAACUGUUCGAUUCAACGUUCUUAAAGUUACAAAAGCUGCCGGAAGUCGAAAAGAAUUUAUCAAAUUCUAAUCUGUAAAAAAAAAUAAAAGUAAAAAACCAAAGAAA